AUGAAGUUCGACGGCUUCGUCUCCUCCUUCGUCGUCCUCCUUUCCCUGACCUGUUCCGCCGAAGCAGGCUUCAUCGUGGGCAUUGUCGUCGACGUCGUCGCUGUGGUCUCCGAAGUUGCAGCGGAAGCGGUAGCAGGAAGUGUGAUCGCCGAAUCGUGUGGCAUCGCGGCCAGCUCAUGCUGGUAUGGUGAAUACGUGAUUGUGAAUGGAGCGCUCUACGCUGGAUCGAACUGGGCCGCUGCUGCGGCAGUCGGUACAGGUGCGGCCGCAGGCGGUGUUGUCGGUGAUGUCAAGGCAGGCAACAAAGGAGACGAGAGCGCAACCCUGGUCACUGGCGCCUCCGCGUCCUCAAUCAUGUCCUCGAUCGAAAGCGUGAGCAAGGCCUCUCAGGCGUCCGUCGAUGCGGCAUCCAAAGCGUCGGCCUCAGCGGCAUCCGUGGCAUCGGUGCAUUCCGCGUCGGUACACUCAGCCUACAUGAAGACAUUGUCCAGCGUGAGGUCGGUCCAAUCAGUCAUGAGAUCGCGCGCAUCAGUCGUGAGUUCGCUCUCGCAGUGGUUGGCAAGCGGGACAGUGGCGUUGACAUGGACCCCACCUACCGGGACGGGAGCAAUUUGCACCGCCCCACCUCCUCCAGGCAGUCCUGUCAAGACUCUUCCCAACGGUCAGCGUGUUCCUGAGACCCCUCCUGGCGUGCCCGAGUACAACUUCAGGAUGUGUCAGAACGACAUCAUAAAGAUGGGCCAGGCGAAGCCGCCUGGAACUCUCACGGUUGAGAAUACAGCUGGUGGCAAGAACCUCAGAAUAAACAGUAUCCCACCGACUUGCAUGGCGCUCUCGGGGGCGCUGGUCGGCGAUCCGAAGCUUGGGCCGCAUCCGUUUGCCGCGGGGAGUGCUAGCUUGGAGUGGGCGGAUGUGAAGCCGGAGUUCAUUCAAUUGGUGAGGAUGGCUUUGGGGAUGCCAUUGUUGUAA